AAAGAACAAUGUGACCUUGCUUUCCUCGGUUGACUAUGUAGUAUGAUCUCCUCGCGAAAUGUCCAUACUCGGAACCAGGUUUGGUCGUGGGCGUCAUCAUAUUUCUCCUGCGUGAUGCACGGAUUCAUCGGAACUGCUUCGAAACUGACUGCCGCCUUUGCCGUGCUUUCUCACUCCCACCAACGCUUCGACGAAGUCAGUGGUGGCUUGACGAGCUGUAUAGCUCGCUUGCUCCGGUUGUCAGCAACCAAACUCGACGCGAAAGCGCUAGACGGCUAUUCUAGUCGUUCUCCUGACAGCUAGCUCAUCCGACGUCUCUUUUCUCUUCUUCUGCCAGACUCUCUGAAUCGCUCUGUCAACUCGAAUGUCUCUGGAGAAUAUCCCCUCCGUUCUUGAAGCAGAGGUGAAACAAUCAAGUCCGUCCGAGGAUAUAGAGGAUGUCGUUGAUGAAAAGAGAACGGACGGUGACUCUGAGUCUGACAUCCCCGACGGAGGAUUUUGGGCAUGGUCGACAUUGUUCGGCGCAGUGUUGAUACAGUUUGCGGCUGGAUAUGUCAACGCCUUCGGGGUGUACCAAGACUUCUUCGUAAGAACGUUCUUGACGGACUUUUCGUCGUCGCAGAUCAGCUGGAUUGGAAGCAUUGCCACGUUCAUCGCACUUUCAGGAGGUGCGCUAUGUGGUAGGUUGUUUGACAGAGGCUACUUUCAUUACCUCAUACUCGUUGGGGGUACACUCACUACCUUUGCGCUGUUCAUGCUUUCGCUUGCAAAAUCUCAGCAAUAUUACCAGGUUUUCCUCAGUCUUGGUCUCGCGCUGGGUCUGGGCACAGGGAUCAUCUACGUUCCCGCCAUCGCCGUGACAGCACACCACUUCCGUCGGAAGCGGGCCUUCGCAAUGGGAGUCGCUGCAGCCGGAACCUCACUCGGAGCAUUGCUCCACCCUAUCAUGCUGAACAAUUUGAUUCAUGGGCCACUGGGAUUUGGGAAUGGGGUGAGAGCAAGCGCGGGGUUGGUCGGUGGUGCGUUAUUGGUGGGGGGAUUGCUGACGAGGACAAGGGGACCGCCGAAGAAGGAAGAGGGGCGCGUAGGGCUAUGGACGGCGGCGAAGAAGUUUUCGAAGGAUGAGGUUUAUGUGUUUGCUGUCAUAGGGACGUUUCUCGUCGUUCAGGGCGUCUUCUUCCCCCUCUUCUAUAUGCAGCUAUACUCGGACCAAAAGGGCCUAGACACAACCUUCGGAUUCUAUUCCCUCUCAAUCCUCAAUUUCGCCUCCUUCAUCGGCCGUCUGGUAGGCGGAGCCUUCGUACCCCGCUUCGGCGUAUUCAACGUCAUCAUAUUCAGCACCUUCGUCUGCAGUGUGCUGCUGUUCUCGAUGUUGGCAGUGGUGGACAUCGCCGGUGUGGUCGUGUUUUCGCUGUUGUAUGGGUUCUUUAGUGGUGUCUAUGUAACGCUCCUAGGACCGAUGUUUUCGAGCCUGAGUGAAGAUGUGUCUGAGCUAGGGAAUUCCUUCGGUACAUUAUCACUGACGAUCUCUCGCUCGACUAUACUCUCAGGUACACCCAUUACUGGCGCCCUCCUCUCUCGCAAUUUUACAUGGUGGAGACCCAUAGUUUACACUGGAGUCAUGUCGCUGGGUGGGAUGUUGUUCUUCAUGUGUAGUCGAUUUGUACUCGUGAGGAGAAAAGGCACGAAGAGAUGUUAG